AUGGACUGCAGACACCAUCGGCCUCUGCAGACACCAUCACCCUCUGUGACCAUGGACUGCAGACACCAUCGGCCUCUGCAGACACCAUCACCCCCUGUGACCAUGGACUGCAGACACCAUCGGCCUCUGCAGACACCAUCACCCUCUGUGACCAUGGACUGCAGACACCAUCGGCCUCUGCAGACACCAUCGCCCUCUGUGACCAUGGACUGCAGACACCAUCGGCCUCUGCAGACACCAUCACCUUCUGUGACCAUGGACUGCAGACACCAUCGGCCUCUGCAGACACCAUCACCUUCUGUGACCAUGGACUGCAGACACCAUCACCCUCUGUGA